AUGGCUAGUUUAGAAGAUCUUAUCCCCACUGUCAACAAGCUGCAGGAUGUUAUGUACGACUCCGGGAUCGAUACACUCGAUCUGCCCAUUUUGGCUGUUGUUGGGUCACAGUCCUCUGGGAAAUCCUCGAUAUUAGAGACUUUAGUCGGGAGAGAUUUUUUACCUAGAGGGACUGGUAUUGUCACCAGGAGACCGUUGGUUCUCCAACUUAAUAACAUAUCUCCAAAUUCCCCUCUAAUAGAGGAAGAUGACAACUCCGUUAAUCCACAUGAUGAAGUUACAAAAAUAUCAGGAUUCGAAGCCGGCACGAAGCCUUUGGAGUACAAGGGCAAGGAGAGAAACCAUGCAGAUGAAUGGGGGGAAUUCUUGCAUAUACCGGGAAAACGGUUUUAUGAUUUCGAUGAUAUUAAGAGAGAAAUUGAAAACGAGACUGCGAGAAUAGCCGGUAAGGAUAAGGGUAUCAGUAAGAUUCCGAUUAAUUUGAAAGUUUUUUCUCCUCACGUUUUGAAUCUAACACUGGUAGAUUUGCCUGGGAUUACAAAGGUCCCCAUUGGAGAACAACCACCUGAUAUUGAAAAGCAGAUCAAGAAUUUGAUUCUAGACUAUAUAGCCACUCCAAAUUGUUUAAUCUUGGCUGUCUCUCCAGCUAACGUUGAUCUUGUUAAUUCUGAAUCCUUAAAGUUAGCCAGAGAGGUAGACCCUCAGGGAAAAAGGACUAUUGGUGUUAUCACCAAAUUAGAUUUGAUGGAUUCUGGAACUAAUGCUCUAGAUAUCUUAUCUGGAAAAAUGUAUCCUCUGAAAUUGGGGUUUGUUGGUGUAGUGAAUCGCUCACAACAGGAUAUUCAAUUGAACAAAACUGUUGAAGAAUCAUUGGACAAAGAGGAAGACUAUUUCAGGAAGCAUCCAGUCUACAGAACCAUUUCAACAAAGUGUGGCACACGCUAUUUGGCUAAAUUGCUAAACCAGACAUUGUUAAGCCACAUUAGAGACAAGCUUCCGGAUAUUAAAACCAAGUUAAAUACCUUGAUCUCUCAAACCGAACAGGAACUCGCUAGAUAUGGUGGCGUAGGAGCUACUACUAAUGAAAACAGAGCUAGCCUUGUUUUACAAUUAAUGAACAAGUUUUCUACAAACUUCAUCUCAUCUAUAGAUGGUACAUCUUCCGAUAUCAAUACGAAGGAACUCUGUGGUGGUGCCCGUAUUUAUUACAUUUACAAUAAUGUAUUUGGAAACUCUUUGAAGUCGAUUGAUCCAACUUCUAACUUAUCUGUUCUUGAUAUUAGAACCGCAAUUAGAAAUUCUACUGGCCCUCGCCCUACGUUAUUUGUGCCUGAGUUGGCAUUUGACCUUUUGGUCAAACCUCAAAUUAAACUUUUACUGGAGCCAUCUCAGCGUUGCGUCGAGCUAGUUUACGAGGAGCUGAUGAAAAUAUGCCAUAAAUGUGGCUCCGCUGAACUAGCUAGGUAUCCUAAAUUGAAGAGCAUGCUAAUAGAAGUUAUAAGUGAACUCCUUAGAGAAAGAUUACAACCUACCCGCUCUUACGUUGAAAGUUUGAUCGAUAUACAUCGAGCCUAUAUCAAUACUAACCAUCCUAAUUUUUUAAGUGCCACGGAAGCGAUGGAUGACAUCAUGAAAACGCGUAGAAAACGGAAUCAAGAAUUAUCGAAGAGUAAAUUGUCUCAACAGGAGAAUGGUCAAACUAACACUAUUAAUGGCACUUCAUCUAUCUCUUCCAAUGCAGAUCAAGAUUCUUCUAAAAACAGUGACUACGAUGAUGAUGGUAUCGACACAGAAUCGAAGCAAACGAAGGACAAAUUUUUGAAUUAUUUCUUUGGUAAGGAUAAAAAGGGCCAACCUGUGUUCGAUGCAUCAGGUAAGAAAAGGAGCAUUGCGGGUGAUGGAAAUGUUGAAGAUUUUAGGAACUUACAAAUAUCAGAUUUUUCACUUGGAGAUAUAGAUGACCUUGAAAACGCUGAACCUCCGCUUACCGAGAGAGAAGAGUUAGAGUGCGAAUUAAUCAAACGUUUGAUUGUUUCAUACUUUGAUAUUAUAAGAGAAAUGAUUGAAGAUCAAGUGCCAAAAGCAGUAAUGUGUUUACUUGUAAAUUACUGUAAAGAUUCCGUUCAAAACAGAUUGGUAACCAAACUCUACAAGGAAACGCUGUUUGAAGAACUUUUAGUUGAGGACCAAACUUUAGCUCAAGAUAGAGAACUAUGUGUGAAAUCUCUCGGAGUUUAUAAAAAGGCCGCAACCCUUAUUAGUAAUAUUCUGUAA